UAGGCCAAGCAUUGAGAGUGUCUACCUUUGACGUUUAUGAGGCCCUGAGUCCAAAACUUGACCAACCCGCGGUACUGAUCAGUAAGAACGCAUAUAUCUUCAGUAAGGAUUGGGUCGUUCGUUUAGGGUUAGAAGGUGGAAUGCGCGCUCUCUCAGAGCCUUCGAAGCCACAGCUGGAAUAGAACCGACGCCCUUGAUGACCUGCCUAUUAUUAGCGCCUGCAUGUACGCGUCAUUAAUGCAGAUAACUUACUUUUGUACUUCCACUUGGGUUACGCUUCCUCAGAAUGCCAGAUGUCUUCGUACGGUCCUUCACUCAUCUUAAGGACAUGCCUAAGGCGGAACGGGCGCUCCCGAUGUUGCAGCGUGUCGCGUCACUCGUCAAACCGAUUAUGCGUAAGCACGGCUGGGUUCUGCCCGUGCUCUCCGAGUUCUUCCCUGAGAGUACUAACCUACUCGGGUUAAACGUCAAUGGUGGCGAGAAGAUACUCCUUAGACUGCGUCCAGCGUGGGCGUCAGACACUUUCCUCGAAGAAGAUCAGGUUGUCAGAGUAAUGCUUCACGAGCUCACACACAACGUACACGGGCCUCACGAUGAACGCUUCUAUCAAUUUUUAGCAGGGCUUGAGGACGAGUAUGAUGCACUGCAGCGGUCCGGCUAUGCCGGAGAGGGUUUCUUUUCUCCGGGUCAUCGGCUGGGUACUGGUGUAUCACAUAACUUGCCGGCACAUCUUGCGAGAGCGAAAGCCGCUGAUGCUGCGGAGAAGAGACAAAAUUUGCAGGCCAUUUUCAGAGGCGGGGGAAGGCUUGGAGGCCGAAAUACUGUUCUAAACAAUUUGAGCCCUCGGGAACUUGCAGCUAGAGCCGCGGAACGCAGAAAGAGAGACGAACUGGAAUGUGGCUCGGGCCAAGUAGCGUUGCGCGAAGCAGCUAAGGCUGCCAAAGGGAGCGUACAAACCGAAGUUCUCGAUCUGACCGGCGACGACAUAUUAGCAACCGCAGCUUCAAUGCCAAAACCGGCUAAUGAAUCGUCCCGCAAGCCGAGCUCAGUUGGACGCUCUCAGGAUUUAGGGCGGCACCAAAAUCGCUUGCAUUCAGGUACUUCGACCUCAAUUGACAAGCAAUGGUCGUGCUCUCUUUGUACUUUGAUUAAUGACGGUAUUACACUCCAGUGUGGAGCGUGUCUUGCAGAACGGCCUAGUGAUAUGUCAUCCGGAUGGACAUGCUUAGUGUGCGGGGAGAGUGGGAUAUCACAUCAAUUCUGGUCGUGUCAAUUUUGUGGAACAAUCAAGUCACAGAGUGCUCUGGGUUAAUGCGCACGUCGAAAGCUAGUUAAUUGUAGCUUGCUGUAUGUUACGUAAUGAUAUGG